AUGUCUAUCCUCAAGAUGAUGUUGAUCUACUUUGCCAUCUUCUGGGUAGUUAACGCAGCCCAGCUACUUGAUAUCGACUCCCAAGGCGUCAUCCCAGGCGCGUACAUCGUUGUCAUGAAGGACCGUGUCUCUUCUCUUGAAUUUUCCUCUCAUGUCCGUUGGCUGAAGAGAACUCACCGUCGGAACCUGGCCAAGCGUGCUACUCCCUUUACUGAAGGUCUCGGUGCCACCUGGGACAUUGCUGGAUGGCAGGCCUACAGCGGCAGUUUUGACGAAGACACCGUUCAGGAGAUCCUGAACCACGAGAACGUCGAGUUCGUCGAGCCAAACAAAGAGAUGCAAGUUGCCUCUACUAUCAAGCAAGGAAAUGUCACUUGGGGACUUUCCCGUAUCUCUCACAAGGAGAACUCCAGCCAUGACUACGUGUCUACCUAUGGAGAGGGCGAGAAUAUUACCUUCUAUGGGAUUGACAGCGGUAUUGAUAUCAAUCAAGCUGACUUCACUGGCCGUGCUCGCUGGGGUAUCAAUCUCGCUGACCAUGUAGAUACCGACUGUAACGGCCACGGAACUCAUACUGCAGGCACCGUUGCAGGCCAGAAGUUUGGUAUCCUCAAGAAAGCGUCCAUCGUUUCUAUCAAAAUUCUUGACUGUUAUGGCUAUGGUGAUAUAACCAGAUACAUCAACGGACUUAACUGGGCUAUCAAUGAUGCCAAAGAACGCGGCCUCCUUGGCAAGUCUGUCAUGAAUAUAAGCCUCAAAACAAGACGCUCUAGAGCCGUGAACGAGGCUACAGUACGUGCACAAGAAGCAGGGAUUUUUAUCGCUGUUGCUGCUGGUAACCAAGCUACGAGCGCCGAGUUUUAUUCACCUGGCUCAGCCCCAGAAGUCUGUACGGUGGGUGCAAGUACCAGAAAUGACACCAAAGCAAUCUUUUCCAACUACGGAGAACUCGGUAUGUCUUGGUCCUGCAUUCUUUUCUAUACUACAGGAACUAACGUUAAUCAUACAGUCGAUCUGUUCGCGCCUGGAGAGUACAUCCGCUCUACCUUACCUCAUAAUCUCACCGGACUCAUGUCUGGAACUUCGAUGGCAACUCCUCAUGUCUGCGGUGUUGGGGGACUUAUUAUGGCUACCGAGGGUCUUGCUCCUGAGAAAGUUUGCGACCGUCUCAAAGAGCUUGCCAAUCCAACUAUCCAGAACCCUGGAUUCAAUACCACCAACAAGCUUCUUUACAACGGCAGCGGGGCAUAA